AUGGCUCCCCACGACGCGCUUCAACCUGAGCGUACGACACGUCGUUACAGAUUCGACCAUUUAUGGGGAUCUCGUAACGCGUGUGACCUGGCGAUAUGGGAUCAAUCACAAGUAGCUUGCUACAUGAGCAAGGUGAAAGUGACAGGGAGACUGGAAACAGUUCAUCCCCUCGUUCAGGUUCGCCAGGAUGUGGAGAACCAGGUUGGGCACGAGACUUGGGCGAUCAAAUCAUGUGCUGCGGAGUACUUCACUCGAUACCUUAGCACUAAUACUUACCCUUUAUUACCAAGAGCUGUAGAGUUGUGUCUCAUAAAGCCAACAGAUUUUUAA